AUGGCGGAUCGUUCAUGCCGCCCAGCAAGCUUCUGGACUCAGUCCAAUGCUUUACUCAGAAAAAACUUUACCUUUCAGAUGCCAGCUCCUCGUUAUCGCGCGGUGAGAAGUGAUUUUGUUCCAUUUACAGACUUGCCAAAUGAGUCAUGCAGGAAGACAGAGUCAUGCCCUGUAACAAUACUUGUGACUGGGAACAAUCAGUCCUUUGGAGAAACUGUGGCUGGGAAUUUGUUCUUGAAUUCUAUCUCACUGGAUUCCACGAGCAUCAUGGACAACUUCUCCAAUAAUGUCAUGGGAACAGAAUCCAAAAUUGGAGAAUCAAAAUUUUCCGAUCCUGCUUUCAUGUUCGAUCACAUCUAUGACCAGGCCAGCGCCUAUGUGUCAAAAGAGUAA